AUGACGGAAUCAUCUCCAUUGGAUCUCUCGUCCUUUGAUCCAGCCAUCCUCCUCCACUCCGAAGACCCUGACCUUCCCUCCCAAUCCUUCUCCGACGAGUUCGAAGCCUUGAACGCGGUGCGAGUGGAAAAGACCCGCAACAAAGUCGUGAUCCAGCACCGAGCUUGGAAUCUGUCUGAUGUCUUCCGCAGUGACGAAGACGUGAGAUUGGACACCCCCACGAGACCAACGAAGAACUCUCGAUUGCGCAGCGUCCUCUCUCCACUACGUGAACAAGCGUUUCCGUCCUCCCCGCCAAAUUCCAAGAUGCCCUUUAUCUCUUCGCCCGUGGCAUUUCCUUCAAGCGCGCCUUCUCCGGACUCGCAGAAACGGAAGAAUGGCGAGCAGUCGCAGGCAGCGGAGCCGAAGCGGCAGAAGAUCAUGGGCGGGUUUCUGGAUGAUGACGCCGACGAUAACGACGGACUAGAGGCUUUCAAAGAGGCGCAAAUACAAAGCCAGUUUGAGAUUCAGGAACAACUUGUCGAGCUUCCUAAAGCUCCUCAAACUCAGCCUACAGUUGAGCAGAAGCGGCAGAAGAUUAUGGGCGGGUUCUUGGAUGAUGACGACGAUGAUGACAACGAUGGAUUGGAAGCUUUUAAUGAUGCGCAACUCAAAAGUCAAAUUGACAUUCAGGAAGACCUUGUUGAGCUUUCUCAGAUUUCGCAACCUCAGCCUGCCGUGGAUUCGGCACCGGUUAACUCUAUACUCGAGCGCAGGACAGUGGUUACAAGAUCUGCACCGCCGAUGAGAUCAUCUAUCUCGGUCCAGAUAAAGACUUGCUCUGGAAAGACGUUGAACGUCCGUCUGAAGGAAUCCAGCGCUCGGGUUUCCUAUGAAAGACUCGUGGCUAGUCGGUCCACAACAGCUCCUGGAAGGGCUCAGAAAAGUUACUAUGGAAUUGAUAUUCAUACCUUACUUAGCGAGUCCGCGAAAGAAACCAAGGCCGCCGAAGUGUCUAAGACUGCCCCAGCGCCGGUCGUACGACCAUCAAUCGAAGCCCCCAUCGGCGAUAAGCGAAGCAAAAAGCUCUCAACCGCCAUGUGGACAGAAAAGUACCGGGCUCGCAAAUACACCGAACUCAUUGGAGACGAGCGCACCAAUCGAUCUAUCUUGCGUUGGCUUAGAGCGUGGGAUCCCAUCGUCUACCCUGGCCUAGCUCGAAGCAAGCAGAAGAAGGCGAAGUAUGACAAUGACGAAGAGGAACGGCCUCAUCGCAAGGUGCUGUUACUUUGUGGUCCACCUGGACUGGGGAAGACAACUCUCGCUCAUGUCUGCGCGAGACAGGCUGGUUACGAGGUACUAGAAAUCAACGCAAGUGACGAGCGCAGCAGAGAUGUUGUCAAAGGCAGAAUCAGAGACGCACUUGGCACAGAGAACGUGAAAGGAAUGAACGUGGAAGUGGGCGAGCAGAAAGUGCGCAAGGUCGGCCGGCCUGUCUGCGUUGUAGUCGAUGAAGUAGACGGAGUGGUCAGCGGAUCCGGUGGUUCUGGUGAAGGCGGCUUCAUGAAGGCGUUGACCGACCUUGUUCUCCUGGACCAAAAGAACUCCGCACGCACGGCUGAGCAAGCCUCUGGCGGACGGAAAAGGAAGGGUGACAACUUCCGGUUCCUUCGUCCGCUUAUUCUGGUCUGCAACGACGUGUAUCAUGCCAGCUUACGGCCGCUUAGGCAAUCUUCUAUUGCAGAAAUCAUUCAUGUCCGUCAAGCGCCGCUGGAGAAUGUGGUUUCUCGCAUGAAGUCUAUCUUCACUCUUGAAGGCAUCCCCACUGACAAUGAUGGAGUACGACGGCUCUGCGAAGCCUCCUGGGGGCUUGCGAAGAGGAAGCAACGCGGCGUGAGAAAUAGCGGUGCAGCAGAAGGUGACAUCCGGAGUGUCCUAGUCGCAGCAGAAUGGGUAGCCCACAAGCUUCGAAACGAGAGCCCUGUAUCCUUGCGGUUGACCCGAAACUGGCUUGAACAGCGAGUUCUCGCAGACCCUGGAGGUGGCUCGUUCUUUAAAGGCAUGAACCGCGGCGGAGUGCGUGACAUUGUGGAUCGAGUGUUUACGGACGGAGCCGGAUUCCCAGACGUACCUCUCGGCACUGAAUCGUUCCAAGACCCAUAUGACCGCUCAGCAACGGUUCCGGGAGACGUCGCAGGUAUCAAAAAGCGCCACGCAGUCAACAGGCUCCGGGAGAUGGUCGACGCCAGCGGUGACCAUGAUCGCUGCACCUCCGAAUGUUUCUCUGCAUACCCCCUUCAACCAUACCAAGACGAUAGCUACCUCUCCAAGCCGAACGCUGCCUACGACUGGCUACAUUUUCACGACACCAUCUCCUCACGGGUCUACUCCGCCCACGACUGGGAACUGGGUGCCUACCUCAGCCAAGCGACAUCAGCCUUCCACCUUCUCUUCUCGACUCCCCAGGGUAGAUCGCAGCCUCAGUACAAAGAUACAGACGAGGAAGAGGAGGAAGCACAUCCCUUCUCCGGUCCACGAGCAGACUAUGCAGCCUUCGAAGCAACCAAACAAAACCAGGCUAUUCUAUCUACGUUUCAAUCUUCUUUUUCUGCUCCCCUUCUCCGUCUCUUUCGCUCGUCCAAUAAUCUCGCCACCGAACUCAUACCAAAUGUAAUCCGCAUGCUCUCGCCAGACGUUAAACCCGUCGUCGUCCGCGGCAGCGAGCAGAAGAGCGUUGCAAGCGUGCGCAAGGAAAGCGAGCGCGCUCUCGUCCAGUCCGCCGUCCGCGUGAUGACUGGUUUAGGCGUGACGUUUGAGAAAGUCCGCAUUGAGAAUGAGGGCGGCGCACAUGGCGGCUGGGCAUACCGCAUGGAACCGCCCCUUGACUCCCUCGUCUCCUUCUCCAAAGCUCCGGGCCUUUCCUCAACGACAGCUCCCGUCCGCUACGCCGUCCGCCAAGUCCUCGACCAGGAAUACCGCAAGGAAUCCAUCCGCAAGAACUCCGAGAACCUUGCUUCAACCGGUUCCAAGAAGUCUACUACAAAAUCUACCCCAGAUAAUCCCGCGGACGUCGCCAAGCUAAAGUCCACCGCCGUAAAACGGGACUUCUUUGGCCGCAUCAUUGAGGAACAGGGGCCAUUGCCGCAGGAAGCUAAAGAACAGGCGCUGGCGAGGAAGGCGAGCUCUGCGCAGCAGGAGGCUUCGAAUGCGGGGAGGAAGGUCUGGGUUACGUAUCAUGAUGGGUUUUCGAAUGCGGUGCGCAAGCCAAUCUCUAUGGCUGAGUUGUUGAAUGGAUUGUAA